AUGAUCAAUACUUUAAGGCUUCAAAAUUCUCAGAGAUUGAUGUUCUCAAGCGGAAACGGUGCUCAUCAUCAAAGCUCAAGAUUCUCCCCAAGAAACAGUUCAUCUGAGAAUAUUCUUCUGUCUCCAAGCAUGCUUGAUUUUCCAAAGUUAGGGCUAAACAGUCCCGUGACGCCACUAAGAAGCAACGAUGACCCCUUCAACAAGUCAUCGCCUUUAUCAUUAGGGCACUCAUCUGAAGAAGACAAAGCCAUUGCUGAGAAAGGCUUUUAUCUUCAUCCUUCCCCCGUUUCAACUCCUAGAGACUCUCAGCCACUUCUUCUUCCUCUUUUUCCGGUCACUUCUCCGACCAAUAUUCCAUAA